AUGGUAUUCUUCUCAAAAAAGAACGGGAUUUAUAGCUCAAAGCUGACACUACAUGUGUACAGCAUAGCCCUGCAAUGUAUGAUGGGAGUGAGGAUGAUUCUUUGUUCCCCAAACCUAGGAGAUUUAAGUUUGGUCUUUAAAGUGAGAUCUAUUCAGGAUGUGUAUGAGUUGGGCUUUGAUUUGCUUCAGUACGGAGGAAUAGCCCACAUCGCACUGGCGAUGAUAACGCUGGCAGGCGUGUUUCUGACAUACUUCUUCGUGAGCCUGUUUAAAAUACCAAUGAUAGUAAUUUCAAUGAUACAAGGGUCGUUCUGCAGUACCACUGCGCUGGUGUGUGUGUACCUGCUCCAAAAGGGAUACUCGAACGUCAACAUGUUGGUAGACUACCUGGCGAAGACGGGAAGCUUCCUGGGCUUCGACCUGUCAAAAACAAAUAUGCUCGUGGAUAAGAGAGAAGAGCUCUUCUUCAUAGGAAUCCUGGCGGCAAUGGCCUCCUCAAUGUACUCGAGGGCGCAGUGUGUGAGCGGCGACGACUCCUGCCCGGAGACGAUGAUUAACGCGCCCAGCCUAACGUUGGGGCUUGCAAUAUCCUUCGGACUCCUGGCUCCCUGCAGAGACUACAGAAUGGUGGCGCUGGGACUGUUGUGGCUUCUGGCCUGCAUAGUAGGAGAAGUGAUAACCACAGUAGGCAGCUUUAAACUGCUGAAGUUUGUAAAUUACGCCCUGGUGGUGGUCCACUGCUCAAUGUUCGUGUUCUCAAUAGUGACCAUAAUACACUGCGUGGGAAUAUACACACAUGGAAGGCUGGAUUACACGUCGUACAUAACGAUGCUAAAGGGAGAGGUCACUACCUACGUAUCAGAUCAGGCAGGAAAGACAGAAGCAAUAAACAAGUACGUGAACACAGACCUAAUAAAGGGGUACUUCCAAAACCUAACAACCGAGCACACGGAUGAGAGAAUCAACUUCUACAUGGGAAACGGUAAAUUCCUUCUAGCAAUUAUACUACUCUGCACAAUCAACACAGUGUUCACAAUGAUAGCGACCCUCUACAUGGUAUUCAAAUUCUUCGAUAUCUUCAGCUCAGAUAACAGCGGGAAGAAAGCAAAGGUAAAGGGGAACAAAGACGAUAGAAGCUUUGUAGUCGUUAUAGAUCAGAAGAAGUGA